UGUGCCAGGUGUGCACAAGGGGCAGGUUAUACUUAGCUGAUCAACUGGCCUAUUACCUUCAGAACUUGUGCUGCUGGUUUGAGUAUUUUCAUUGAUACAAGCAUACGACAAACGCAUUCAAGCAGAUUGAGAGUUUAAGAAAAGGAGUUCAGUUGGAUUUGGGGGUUGUAGGUGAAUGUUGUGGUUAGAAAACAUGCUAUUGACGCUAUUUUUUUUUCUUUUUUUAGGGCAGGUUAAAGUAUUCAGAGCCCUGUACACGUUUGAGCCCAGAACGCCAGAUGAACUGUACUUUGAAGAAGGAGAUAUCAUUUACAUCUCAGACAUGACUGAUACAAAUUGGUGGAAAGGAACUUGCAAAGGGAGAACUGGAUUAAUUCCAAGCAACUACGUGGCAGAACAAGCUGAGUCUAUUGAUAACCCAUUGCAUGAAGCUGCCAAACGAGGCAACCUAAGCUGGUUGAGAGAGUGUUUGGAUAACCGAGUUGGGGUCAAUGGCUUAGACAAAGCUGGAAACACAGCUCUGUACUGGGCAUGCCAUGGAGGGCAUAAAGAUAUAGUGGAUGUUCUGUUUACCCAGCCAAACCUAGAGCUAAACCAGCAGAACAAAUUGGGAGACACAGCUUUGCAUGCUGCUGCAUGGAAAGGUUAUGCAGAUAUUGUAGAGGUGCUGCUGGCAAAGGGGGCAAGAACAGAUCUGAAAAACAAUGAGAAGAAACUGGCUUUAGACAUGGCGACCAAUGCAGCUUGUGCUUCCCUGCUUAAGAAGAAACAAAGUGCAGGUACAGUGCGAACAUUAAGUAAUGCAGAGGAAUACCUCGACGAUGAGGACUCCGAUUAGCUUUUUUUCAUUCUGUCUUAAGAACUAUAACCUCUGUUGCCUAUGUCGUUCCCAGAUCAUAUCUUUGCUACUGUAAAAAUAUCCUAUUUAGAGUAUUUCAGUCUUCCGGUAUAGCAUGUAAAUAAGAAGGUGAAAUCUUGGCUUUCCAAAGAACCUUCGUGUGUGCCAGAAGAUACUGCGUUUUAAGUCAGAGUUCCUUUGGAAUCAUCGAACAGAGGAAGAAUGGCAUCCCCUAAGAGAGGGACCUUCCCUCUCUUAUUGGUUGAAUGGGCAAAGGACAGAGUCUUCUAAACCCACAGCUUUCAUACCAGGCCUUCCCAGCAAGUGCCUUGUGUCUCUGGAUUACGCUCCUCAAAGCUAAAGAUCCCUCUGGGACAGCAGGACACUGUUGUUAGCAUUCCCCAUCUCUUGGUAUAGGUUCCUGUGAGCAGAUAAAAUCAUGUUAUCUGUCAGCUAGUACUGACUCUGCCGUGAAUAGAGAUGCUGCUAUAGAAAGUGGCCACCUUUGCUGUCACAGAGCCAGAAAGACAGCAAAGGGUUUGGGGCGGGGGGUGGGGGUGUGGUGGGAUCCCCCCCCCCCAAUUGCCCUCAGUGUAUGCAGUAGAAUGACGUGGAAGGAUCUGUCCCUGGAUGCUUUGUCUUUCCUACUGCUAUGGGACCAAUCCUGAAAUGUUAGCUCAGGUGAAAUGAUUGCUGAAGUCAAUUUUGCUUGAGGAAUAUACUUAAUUUUGGACUCAGUGAUUUGAUUAUUUUGCUUUUUGAAAUGCAUUUAUGUUGAAACUAUUAGCAGUGAAAGGAAGACAGAAUAUUUUUCUAUUUAUCCUGCCUAAAUUUUUUUUUUUUUACUUGCUUUUAUUUUUCAAGUGUUCUGGUAUUUUAUCCUAAAUUACCUCAAAGCUUAAAUAUUUUUGAAGGAGUGGGGAAGGUGUAUAUUGAACAUACCACAGGUAUCAUGAGAAGAGAUGUCCUAAUCUGAAUAAACAUUUAAAAAAAUU